AUGGCAGAUGAUUUGGACAACAUGUGGAAGUAUCAAUCCUUUACGGAGGAAGAACUAGACAGAGUCCAACCGGAUGUGAGUAUAUUGGACGAGACGACUGCUAAUAAAGAGAAAUGGAUGGUGGGGAAGUUGUUGACAUUUAGAUCUUUCAAUAAGGAUGCUAUGAUCAGCACAUUGAAAGUGCGUCCUAGAGGGUUCCCCUUGGAUGACAAAAACCUAAUUUUAAUGGAUGAGUAUAAAGCGAGCCUGCGUCCAAGCGAGUACCAGUUUCAUAGGGCUAUGUUUUGGGUCAGAGUCUAUGGGUUACCUCUUGGAAUGAGAUCUAAAGAAAUGGCGAUGUGCAUUGUGGAGAAGAUUGGAGAGCUUUUCGAAGUGGACGCAGGGAAUGCAUUAGACAGAAUAAGGCAAAGAUGCAAAAUAAGGGAUGUGUUUGGAGUGGACGCGACAGGUAAAAGCGGAGGUUUUGGAAUGAUGUGGAAGGAUGGAGUUCAACUUAACCUCCAAUCUUUUUCUAAGAAUCAUAUUGACAUAGAGCUCUUGGGACAGCCAGGUCAAAACUGGAGGAUUACGGGUUUCUCUAGGGAGCCCAAAACAACAGAAAGAUAUAGGACAUGGAGAUUGUUGGAAAGACUGGGAGACCAAUCGGACGAACCUUGGCUCUGUCUCGGUGACUUCAAUGAGAUUUUAUUUGAUACUGAGAAGUGGGGUGGAAAUCCCAAAGCGGCUAGACCGAUAGAAAACUUUAGGCUAGCCAUGGAAAGAACGGGUUUGGAAGAUUUGGGGUGUAGAGGCUUGUGGUUUACAUGGGAAAAAGGCAAGGGCACCAAUGCAGUGAUCAGAAAGCGACUGCAUAGAGGACUGGGAAAUAAAGACUGGAUGGAGAUCGUUCCUCUCUGUACGGUGACCAAUCUGGUAACAUCAACAUCUGACCAUAAUCCUAUACUUGUUAAAACUGAUGGUUGUAGGGUGCAAAGGAAAAAUAGAGGAAGAAGUGCAAGGUCUUUCUUUGAAGUGGCCUGGGUCAAAGAUGAGGAGACUAGGAAAGUGAUAAAACAAGGGUGGGAAGAAAAGCCACACUACGGGAUUCAUGCAAAGAUAAGACAUACGGGUAUUGGAAUGAGAACAUGGGCCUCUACGAAAUUUGGAAGUCUACAAAAUAGAAUAAAGGUGCUAAGAGACGAGCUCAUUGAACUGAAAAGCAUGGACCCUAACGAUGGAAGCAUGCAAAGGGCGGAGCUGGUUAAACGUGAACUUAAUGAAAUGUUGGAAAGGGAGGAAGCUUAUUGGUCACGGAGAGAGCAAGAGUCAACUGGCUACAAGGAGACAAGAAUACAGCCUACUUUCAUGACUAAGCAUCAUCUAGGAGAAGGAAGAAUUUUAUCAGUGGGCUAG